CUUUUCUUUCUCCUCUUUUCAAUUCGGAGUUCCAGUCAGCCUAGAGUUUCGAUUCGCCCUCCGACUUCCUUCCGAUCUGCUCCUCUUCGGAGCUUAGCGCCAAUUGGCAAUGGGAGUUCCGGCGUUCUACAGAUGGCUGGCGGAGAAGUACCCGCUCGUCGUCGUCGACGUGGUGGAAGAAGAACCGGUCGUAAUCGACGACGUUUCGAUUCCGGUCGACACUAGUAAGCCAAAUCCUAACGGCGAGUAUGACAAUCUCUACCUCGAUAUGAAUGGGAUUAUUCACCCUUGCUUUCACCCCGAGGAUAGGCCUUCGCCGACUACCUUUGAUGAGGUAUUUCAGUGCAUGUUCGAUUACAUAGACAGGCUUUUCGUGAUGGUUCGACCUCGGAAGCUGCUAUACAUGGCCAUAGAUGGUGUUGCCCCUAGGGCAAAAAUGAAUCAACAGAGAUCCCGGCGGUUUAGAGCCGCCAAAGAUGCAGCAGAUGCGGCAGCUGAAGAAGAGAGGCUGCGUGAAGAGUUUGAAACUGAGGGGAGAAAGCUUCCACCCAAACUGCAUUCACAAACUUUUGAUUCCAAUGUCAUUACUCCGGGAACUCCAUUUAUGGCUGUUUUGUCAAUUGCAUUGCAGUACUAUAUUCACCUUAGAUUAAAUAACGAUCCUGGAUGGAAAAAUGUUAAGGUUAUUCUUUCCGAUGCAAAUGUUCCGGGUGAAGGAGAGCACAAGGUUAUGUCAUACAUUCGUCUCCAAAGAAAUCUUCCUGGUCAUGAUCCAAAUACACGUCAUUGCCUGUAUGGUUUGGAUGCCGAUUUAAUUAUGCUUGCCUUGGCCACCCAUGAAGUUCAUUUCUCUAUUCUUCGAGAGGUUGUUUUCAUCGCUGGACAGCAGGACAAGUGCUUCCUUUGUGGUCAGGUGGGUCAUUUAGCCGCAAAUUGUGAAGGAAAGGCAAAACGGAAGGCCGGAGAGACUGAUGAGAAAGGUGAUGCUGAAGCUGUGGCCAAGAAGCCGUACCAGUUUCUCAAUAUUUGGACUCUUAGAGAAUAUUUGGAAUUUGAGAUGCGGAUGCCAGGUGCCCCAUUUGAGAUUGAUAUUGAGCGCAUUGUGGAUGACUUUAUAUUCCUUUGUUUCUUUGUCGGAAAUGAUUUCUUACCUCAUAUGCCUACAUUAGAGAUUCGGGAGGGUGCAAUUAACUUGCUUUUGGCUGUAUAUAAAAUGGAAUUUAAGGCAAUGGGGGGAUAUCUAACUGAUGGAAGCAAGCCAAAUUUGAGGCGGGUGGAGCAUUUCAUUCAAGCAGUUGGAUGUUAUGAAGAUAAAAUAUUCCAGAAAAGAGCUCAACUGCAUCUGAAGCAAGCAGAGAGAAUAAAGCGUCAAAAGGCACAAGCUCGAAGAGGAGAUGACGCACAGCCCCAAGUGCAACCAGAUUCUUUAGUUGCAGUUAAUCGGUUUCAUGGUUCUCGUCUUGCUUCAGGUCCUUCACCUGUGCCAUUUCAACAAUCUGGAUCUAGUAGAGGAAAACCUCAGAAAGUUCCGCGGUUGUCCUCGGAGGGAUCAACUGUAGGUGCUGCUAUUGUUGAAGCUGAGAACAUUCUUGAAGAUGCUCUUGAAAACAAAGAAGAUUUGAAGGCAAAGCUCAAGGAGGUUCUUAGAGAGAAAAAUGAUGCGUUUAAUUCUGAUAAUCCCGAGGAAGACAAGGUUAAGUUGGGUGUACCUGGAUGGAGAGAUAGGUAUUAUGAAGAGAAAUUCAAUGCAAAAACUCCCGAAGAGCGUGAAGCAAUUCGAAGAGAUGUUGUUUUGAGCUACACUGAAGGUCUGUGUUGGGUGAUGCACUAUUAUUAUGAGGGCGUUUGUUCGUGGCAGUGGUUUUACCCGUAUCAUUAUGCGCCCUUUGCUUCUGAUCUCAAGGACCUUGAUCAACUAGAUAUAAUUUUUGAAUUGGGCACUCCCUUUAAGCCAUUCAAUCAGCUGUUAGGGGUUUUCCCUGCUGCAAGUGCCCAUGCCCUUCCUGAGACGUACAGGAAGUUAAUGACUGAUCCAAACUCGCCUAUUAUUGAUUUUUACCCUGCUGACUUUGAAGUAGAUAUGAAUGGGAAACGAUUUGCAUGGCAGGGUAUUGCAAAACUCCCUUUCAUCGAUGAAGUCCGUCUUCUUUCUGAGGUCGAAAAGCUUGAGGAUACAUUAACGGAGGAGGAAGCACGCAGAAACAGUGUGAUGUUUGAGAUGCUCUUUGUUACAUCUUCUCAUCCUCUCUCUGUGUGCAUAUAUUCUCUUGACAAUCGCUGUAAGCAUUUGACAGACAAAGAGCGUAUGGAGGUUAAGGAACAAAUUGAUCCCAAAUACAGGGAUACAUGCAGUGAAGGGAUGAAUGGCUAUCUAUCUCCAUGUGCUGGAGAGCCCUGUCCACCCGUUUUCCGGUCUCCUGUUGAAAGCAUGGAGGAUAUUAUGGACAACCAAGUCAUAUGCGCAAUAUACAGACUACCAGAUGUACAUGAGCAUAUAACUCGACCACCAGCAGGGGUCAUCUUUCCUAAGAAGAUUGUGUCAUUGGGGGAUCUGAAGCCCGCACCUGUUUUGUGGCAUGAGGACUCGGGUAGGAAGCCCUGGCAUGAUAAUUCAGGUAGGAAGCCCUGGCAUGACAAUUCAGGGAAUAGGCCACAUGAAAGUUCUAGGCCGAACCCUCCUGGUAGCAUUUCUGGAAGACAGCUUGGCGACGCAGCACGUCGACUUGUCGUUAAUAGCUUACAUGGUAAGGCAAACAACAAUGGGUAUGGCAAUCAGAUGCCUGCCCAUCAAGCUGCUUAUGCAGAACCUCCUUAUUACCCACCACACACUUCCUACGCAAGUAGUGGAAGAUAUGAUCAGGGACACCACAGUAUAGCGCCACCCAGAACAUUUCAGCAUCCACAAGCCCAACACCAGAAUUCCCACCACCCUCCGACUAGACAUCAUUCUCAACAUUAUGAUAGGGAUUCUGGUCACACAUAUCAUCAAUCGUCCCGUCAUCAGAAUGGUGGGGUUGCUUACCCCCAGAGACCUAUUACACCAAUAUCAGGAGUCAUUCCAGGUCCGUAUCCAGUUGCUUAUAACAACUAUCAGAGUCACCGACCAGCUGAACCGCCUGGUUAUCAAGGAGUCGAUGCCUGGGUCCCACCGCCCCAGAAUGUGGGCAGAGGAUACGGUCGUCCUCAGCAAUCUGGAAACCAUUACUCUGGAUUGGACAGGAGAGGAAAUAGAAGACCACCUCCAUCCCAGCAUGGCCGCCAGUAGAAGAGUGAGCUUCUUGUAUGGUAGUGUUGUACAAUUCUCCAAAGCUCAUGUACUAUUUAUUGGUAAGGUCGAGAGAGGAUCGCUCAAAAUGAUCUCCUCGACAUGUAUCAGUCACAUAAAGAGGCGACGCAGAAGAGGCUAUAGUUUUCAAUUGUAUUGUAAUUCAGUUUUGAUUGGUGACAGUGAUCAUAUCUAAGAUUAUAAUUUCCGAGCAAAUUUCUUUUCUACGAAGACAGUGAUCAUAUCUAUGUUUAUUGUUGUAAUGAAGACAAACAGAGUUCCUAUU